CUCUUGUGUUGAAACCCUCCUUUCUUCUCUUUUGUGUCUGCUUUAAAGCUUAUAACUCUAAUCUCAUGCAACCUUGUAGUAGAGAAAUGCAAGGCGCUAACAAUAACUCUCUCUUUAACAAUCAACAACAGAUCCACUUUGAUGCAACUUCAAACGAGGAUUUCCUUAAGCAAAUGCUCUCUAAUCUCCCUUCGUCUUCUCCAUGGACACUCGACCCCAAACACAACCCCUUAUGGGACCCUAAUUCCGACGAAACCACGCCGGAAAACAACGUCGUUUUCCCCUACGACCUCGAACAGGCCAACUUGGCCUCCAAGUUUCGCAACCACCAGAUCACCGAUGACAAAGCCUCCGCUCUCAUGCUCCAACAUCACCAUCAACUCCUUCUCUCCUCCGCCGCUGCCAAUUCCCCCAUCCUCCAAAUGCCCGUCUCCUCUCUUAACGACGUCGUUCACGCCUCCUCCUUCAAAUCUCCUGCUUCAAACGCUGACCCUGUUCAACCUCUCUACAACGCCUUCUCCGCCUCUCUCCAAGGUGCCGCCCAACCCUCCAACCAAACUCACCAUUUUCAACUUCCUCAGGUACAGAGUUUUGGAGCUUCGGCUCCGGCUACUGGUGGUGGCGCGGGUUCCGGGCAGCCGAAGCAGAGGAUUAGAGCUAGGAGAGGUCAAGCCACCGACCCACACAGCAUCGCCGAAAGGUUACGGAGGGAGAGAAUCGCAGAGCGAAUGAAGGCCCUGCAGGAACUGGUUCCCAACGCCAACAAGACUGAUAAGGCCUCCAUGUUGGAUGAGAUCAUCGAUUAUGUGAAGUUCCUCCAGCUCCAAGUCAAGGUUUUAAGCAUGAGCAGAUUGGGAGGUGCAGCGGCUGUGGCACCCCUUGUUGCUGAUAUAUCUUCUGAGGGAGGCGCGGACUGCGUUCAACAAAAACGCAACAACACCAACGGAAACUCAAACGGCAACCAUGCUUCUUCAAACGACACCCUCACCACGACGGAGCAACAGGUGGCGAAGCUCAUGGAGGAAGACAUGGGAUCCGCCAUGCAGUACCUGCAGGGGAAAGGUCUCUGCCUUAUGCCGAUUUCCCUGGCCACCGCCAUCUCCAAAGCCACGUGUCACACCAGAAACCCUUUCACCAACGGUGAUGGGCCCUCUUCUCCCGGAAUAUCCGCGCUCACCCUGCACUCGUCCACUCUCAGUAACGGCCUCGUCAAAGACACCGCCUCCGUUUCCAAGUCCUGAUCACGCCGUUUCGUUGACUUUCAAGUCAAACACUACACCAAGCGACGUGACCGCCACUACCUCAACGAAAUCGAGAACAACCUGAACAAACCAAAUGACGUGGAUUUUGUAAAGUCCAGGAAAGGCUGUCCUUCACGACGUCGUUUUUAGCUUGACUUUCGUAACCACACGCUAACUUUCAUGCUCAUACACUUUCCAUCCUAUCCUAUCUCAUUUCUUUGUAUUUUUCGCCUCUUUUUCUUUUACUUUAUUUAUUUAUUUCGCAAUCAGUUUGUUAAUUUUUUUU